AUGCAGGGGUCACUACACUUCAAAUACCAGAACCCCACGUUGUUGGAACUCAGUUUCGUCCUUAUCGUACUUCUCCUUGUCUUGGUCAAGUCCGAAGACCACAAUGAUUUUCGACAACUUGUCUUUGUCAAAUUCUUGGGUUCUAGUAGCACUAACAACUUCAAACCGCGGGUGCCCUUCAUAGGGCAUAUCAUUUCGAUGCUACGCAAUGGAAGCGACAUCUAUGUGAACCUCUUUAAACAGCGCAAAGAGCCCAUCGUGACUCUUCCAAUGCUGAACGGCAAACUCUACGUCAUCAACUCCCCAGAUCUAAUCCAAGCAGCAUUGCGAAAUAACGACAUAUCCUUCACCCCAUUCAUCCUCGAAUCAUCCAAAGCGAUGUGGGGUCUCAGUGACAACGCUAUGGCUUCUAUUUCGGAUCUGGCAAAUCUCAAGGGAGGAAUGCAAAUCAUCCAUUCCACUCUAGGCGGAGAGAGCCUACACAAGCUGAACAUCAGCUCACUGUCGAAAUUCAUGACUUACCUCAAUCGCGUCAAGGCAGGAGGGACGCUUGGAAUAGCUGAUACGUAUACCUGGCUUCGUGACAUGCUCACUGACGCGUCUGCUACAGCUGUAGAUAGGGAAUACGAUAAGCAGGCACUACUUGUCGCAAUAGGCUUACCAAGUUUCAUGACCAAGGCCGCCAUCAACGCAAGACUGAAAUUGAAUAACCUCCUUCUCCCAUACUACAAAAACGGUGAUAAUCACGAAAAGGGUGCUUCUGAAAUCGUCCAGCAGAGAGAAUCAUACCUUCGCAGGACCGGCUUUACAGACGAUGACUUGGCACACAUGGAACUGAUGAUUAUCUGGGUCGGAGUGACAAACACGGCGCCUGUGCUAUUCUGGCUCUUCGUCCACAUCCUCACCAGUGCUGACUAUACGUCUCGUGUGCGCGCGGAGAUUCAAGCGAUCACCAUUAUCACCGAAACUCCCGAAGGACGAAAAGCAACAUUCGAUACGAGAUUACUCGAGAAAUCCUGUCCAUUUUUGAACGCGUGUUAUCAAGAGUGUCUAAGACAUUAUUCACAUUCCAUCGGUAACAGACGCGUUAUGCAAGACACAGAGAUCCAGGACUCUAAAGGCCGGUCAUAUCUUCUCAAAAAGGGCGUCAACGUUCAAUGGCCACCGCCAGUUACACAUUUUAACACCGAGAUCUGGGGUCAAGACGCCGAGAUAUUUAGACCCGAGCGAUUUAUGGACGUUACACCGCAAGAUGAAAAGAAGAGAAGAGGUGCUAUGCUUUCUUUCGGAGGUGGAAAACAUCUUUGUCCUGGGCGGAAGUUUGCGUAUACGGAGCUGUUGGGACUGGUGGGCGUUAUUGCGUUGGGUUUCGAGGUCAAAGGGUUGGAAUUGCCAGAAUCAAAGUAUGCUGGCGUAGGAAUUGGUGGCAAAAUGCCAGAUUGGGAAAAUAUGGAGAAGGGAUUUGGGUUGAGGCGACGGGAGGGCUGGGAGGAUGUCACAUGGGUCUUUCACGAGGAUAACUAA